AUGUCGUCCCCAGUCUGGCUUAUUACUGGAGCUUCCAAUGGGCUGGGUCUCGCCUUGUGUCUUCGCGUUCUUCGCGGUGGCCAUCAACUCGUCGCAUCCGUGCGCAGCAAAGCCAAGUCUGCCGAUGCUGUCCAGAAGAUUGAACAGGCAGGAGGUUCGGUCAUUGAGCUUGAUAUGACUGAGUCCCAGACUAGCAUUGCGUCCAAGAUAAAGGCCGUCGGUCACAUUGAUUAUCUUGUCAACAACGCUGGGUACUCUAUCCUAGGUGCUUGCGAGGAUAUCAGUGAGAAAGACGCAACUCUCCAGAUCAACACCAACUUCUUCGGCCCCUUGUACACAACACAAGCGGCCCUCCCGGUGAUGCGGGCUCAGCGCUCUGGCACCAUCGUCAUGGUCUCAAGCGGUGCGGCUCGAGAUCCUCUGCCUUCAUGCUCUUUAUACAGUGCUUCUAAAGCUGCUCUCGAGGCUGCAUCCGAAGCGCUCGCGCACGAGGUGGCACCUCACAAUAUCCGUGUGCUAAUUGUCGAGUUUGGAAACUUCCGCACCAACUUUGUUAGCGCUCUAUCCGACGCCAGCGGGGACGCUGACAAGGUGUCACCCCACUAUGACAACCCGGUGGGCGCGGUGAUGCGGAAGUUCUUGAGCAUCCACGGGAAGCAGAUGGGAGACCCUGAGAGGGGUGUAGACCGUGUCUUUGAGGCCGUCACGGGAGAAGGGAUGGCUGGUCAAGUUACGGGCAAGGUGUCAAGGCUUGUUCUCGGAAAAGACUGCUACGACCGGAUGAAGAAGGCUAGUGAGAAGUCACUGGUCGAGUUAAGCUUGCAGGAAGAGAUUGCCAAGAGCACAGCAUUUCCUGAGUAA